CCGGAAUCAUCCUCUGGCCCUGGAGCUGCUGCUGCUGCUGCUGCUUUUGCUUUUGGGGCUGAGUUUAAUAAGCGAGCGGGCGAGCAAGCGAGCGCGGGGGAAAAAGGCAGAGAAUGUCCGCCAUCUACCCUCCGUUCCUGGGCGCGCUCUCAUUCAUAGCAGCCUCUUCAUGAAUUACAGCUGAGGGGGGGCGGGGGAGGGGGGUACCACACAACACCCCAGCAAACCUCCGGGCCCCCAGGCAUGGCUAGCUCGUGUGCCGUGCAGGUGAAGCUGGAGCUGGGGCACCGCGCCCAGGUGAGGAAAAAACCCACAGUGGAGGGCUUCACCCACGACUGGAUGGUGUUCGUGCGCGGCCCGGAGCACAGUAACAUACAGCACUUUGUGGAGAAAGUCGUCUUCCACUUGCACGAAAGCUUUCCUAGGCCAAAAAGAGUGUGCAAAGAUCCACCUUACAAAGUAGAAGAAUCUGGGUAUGCUGGUUUCAUUUUGCCAAUUGAGGUUUAUUUUAAAAACAAGGAAGAACCUAAGAAAGUCCGCUUUGAUUAUGACUUAUUCCUGCAUCUUGAAGGCCAUCCACCAGUGAAUCACCUCCGCUGUGAAAAGCUAACUUUCAACAACCCCACAGAGGAUUUUAGAAGAAAGUUGCUGAAGGCAGGAGGGGACCCUAAUAGGAGUAUUCAUACCAGCAGCAGCAGCAGCAGCAGCAGCAGUAGCAGCAGCAGCAGCAGCAGCAGCAGUAGUAGUAGCAGUAGCAGCAGCAGCAGCAGCAGUAGCAGCAGCAGCAGCAGCAGUAGCAGCAGCAGCAGCAGUAGUACCAGUUUUUCAAAGCCUCACAAAUUAAUGAAGGAGCACAAGGAAAAACCUUCUAAAGACUCCAGAGAACAUAAAAGUGCCUUCAAAGAACCUUCCAGGGAUCACAACAAAUCUUCCAAAGAAUCCUCUAAGAAACCCAAAGAAAAUAAACCACUGAAAGAAGAGAAAAUAGUUCCUAAGAUGGCCUUCAAGGAACCUAAACCCAUGUCAAAAGAGCCAAAACCUGACAGUAACUUACUCACCAUCACCAGUGGACAGCAAGAUAAGAAGGCUCCUAGUAAGAGGCCCCCCAUUUCAGAUUCUGAAGAACUCUCAGCCAAAAAAAGGAAAAAGAGUAGCUCAGAGGCUUUAUUUAAAAGUUUUUCUAGUGCACCACCACUGAUACUCACUUGUUCUGCUGACAAAAAACAGAUAAAAGAUAAGUCUCAUGUCAAGAUGGGAAAGGUCAAAAUUGAAAGUGAGGCAUCAGAAAAGAAGAAGUCAGCGUUACCGCCAUUCGAUGACAUCGUGGAUCCCAAUGAUUCAGACGUGGAGGAGAAUAUGUCCUCUAAAUCUGAUUCCGAGCAGCCCAGUCCUGCCAGUUCCAGCUCCAGCUCCAGCUCCAGCUUCACACCGUCCCAGACCAGGCAACAAGGUCCUUUAAGGUCUAUAAUGAAAGAUCUGCAUUCUGAUGACAAUGAGGAGGAAUCAGAUGAGGCAGAGGAUAAUGACAACGACUCAGAAAUGGAAAGACCUGUAAAUAGAGGAGGCAGCAGAAGUCGCAGAGUUAGCUUAAGUGAUGGCAGUGAUAGUGAAAGCAGCUCUGCUUCUUCGCCCCUACAUCAUGAACCUCCACCACCAUUAUUAAAAACCAACAACAACCAGAUUCUUGAAGUGAAGAGUCCAAUAAAGCAAGGCAAAUCGGAUAAGCAGAUAAAGAAUGGUGAAUGUGACAAGAGACUCUGUUGGAGAAAGGCAUACCUGGACGAGCUGGUGGAGCUUCACAGAAGGUUGAUGACGCUGAGGGAAAGACACAUUCUGCAACAGAUUGUGAACCUUAUAGAAGAAACUGGACACUUUCAUAUCACAAACACAACAUUUGAUUUUGAUCUUUGCUCGCUGGACAAAACUACAGUCCGUAAACUACAGAGUUACCUGGAAACAUCUGGAACAUCCUGAGGAUACAACUGGAUGCAUCAAAAACUAUUGCUCUUUUUUUUUUUUUUUUUUUUUGGUUGUGAUUUUUUUUGUUGUUGUUGUUGUUUAUAUGAAAACACUCAGAAUGAUGCAACCAAAAGGGAAAAAAUAAAAAUCAAACAACCUUCAGCUUUAUUUUCCUUUAAAGCCAGUCAUCAUCUCUUGAUAAAGGAGAGGUUAAGCAAACCAGCCUCAGCGGACCACUCUUCUCUCCAAGGAAAUCCCCGGGAAGAGUUAGCCUGGAUAGCCUUGAAAACAAACAAAGCAAACACAACACAAGAAAACUUAAAGAAUGUGUAUGUUAUCAUGUCUCUCCGUGGUGGUUCAUUCCACAGGAUGAACGCAUACUCAACACACUGCCUUAUUACAUAACUGAUCUAUUUAUUAUCGCAUACAGAUAUUCUAAAGUCGUUGAGGGAAUGACACCACCAGACACUAUGAGUACUUGGUCCCGUGGAUGCUCUUUCAAUGCAGCACCCUUGCCAUCCCAAGCCCAGUGACCUUACUUGUACACCGUGCCACUUUCCACCAACUUUUUCCAAGUCCUUUAACUCGUUGCAGUCUGUAUUUUCCACCUUUUGUUUUUCCUGUUCCAGGACACAAAUUUUCAACUGGGGGGACCAAAUAGCCACUUUGAUUUUCUUCUUUGUGGUCUUUUUCCUGAAAGUGGGGGCCAGACCUUGGCUGUAUCCAUGUAAUGAUCUUGGACCAUGGUAGAAAAGGCACCAAAUAGGAUCAUAUGACUUGCUGUCUAGCCUUAGUCGGUAAACCCGUAGGACUUAUAACAAGAGCGUACCUGUAAAUGUCCUGACUGCAGCAUUGUUGAGCUGUCAUUGACAUUCUUGUGUCUGUUUUACUGUAAUAAUAUUAGGUAAAUAUGGAAGUAAAGGCAUUCCGCAGGAUCAGCAUUUGGAAAAAGGAAAAAAAAAAAAAAAGAAUUCCAGCCCUGUUUUCUAAAGAAAUGUAGAAAUUCUUAACUUGGAUCUAUUUAUUAGAGGUUCAGCUCUCUUCAGCUGCCAGCGUGGCUCAUCUUUAUUGUAAAACCAGGAAUCAGAUUUUUGUUUGUUCACAUAUGAUUCUCUUAAACUAUUUUAUAUUUGAAAAAUUAAAAUCUUUCUUUGGGGGAAAAAAUCUUGGUUAUUCUGCCAUCAAAGACUGUGUAUUAACUUGUAGAUUCAGUGGUUCGAUACCUGUUUAGUCCCUUGCUAAUGUUUCCAGAAGGAUUUCCUGUAUUGGUGAAAGUAAAGAUGGUUGGGGAGGGGGGGAUAUUUUUGUUCUUGUACCCUUGUUUUGGAACUAGAAUUCUGUCCUGUGGCAUGCAAAAGAAAGCAAAUUAUUUUUAAAAGAAAAAAAAAAAAAACCAAAUUACUUUUUGGUGUCAUUAUUCUAUCCUCUCCAUAAAUG